AUGACUCAGGGUCAGUGGAUGGUUAAGUCUGGUGGCAAAAAGGUGCAGGCCCCAAGACGCUUUCAGUUUGACUUCGACCAGGAGGAAGAUAUUGUUGAGGUGAUGAAGAAGGAACCUUUUCAUUUCGAUAACUGGAUGCUUUCCAUUGUCCGUUGGGCACCGGUGGUGGAGGAGAACUAUCCUUCCAAGAUAACGUUUGGGGUGCGCGCAUUUAUGGCUGUACCAACUUUCAAAAGCAUAGGUGAGGCAUUGGGAGAGGUCCGAGGCGAUGACGAUAUUGAUAUAGAUGAAGGGAAGGUUAGGGUGAUCAUCGAUGCUUUCAAGCCCCUGGUGUUUUCGGUUACUGCGGAGUUCCACAGUGGUGAUGAGUCGACCAUCGCUUUGAGGUACGAGAAACUGCACGGGUUUUGUCGAAUCUGCUCGAGUUUGAGGCACGAACAGUUUCGUUGUCUGGCGGUGAAGAAGAGACCCAUCCAUGUUAAGAUAUAA